AUGGAUUUGAUCGCCCCAUGGCUGACAUUCCAAGGCGGGUUUACGCUCGACCGGUUGAAGGGUAGUAACGCGUCUGUAUAUACUGCCCUGUAUAACAAGGAUUACGAGAAGAUCUUGAUGCGCGAUCAGGAAGAGCUUCCUUUUUACACUGUUACAGGAAACGGAGAGGCUAUGUACUCGAAUCGCUUGUCGUACUUCUUUGACCUCAAGGGACCGUCGUUCCCGCUGGAUACAGGGUGCAGUGGAAGCAUGGUCACCCUACAUAAUGCGUGCUUCAGUAUCUGGUCUGGUGAAAGCGACCAAUCUAUUGUGGCGACGCGUUCCGUCGCUCCACCUCUGGUACCGCAAAGCAUUGAGAGCAGAUAG